AUGAAUAAAGAACAAUUAAAAAUUUGUUUAGAAAACAUAGAUGAAUAUGUUAGAGGUUAAAAGAGAUUAGAAAGAAAGAAUAAGAUAUUGGCUUAAUCUAAUAAAUUGAAAACAAUUCAAAACUAAAGAAAUUAAACUAAAAUUUAAGAAGAAAAUAUUCCAACUAAAGUAAAAAAAUAAGUUAAAAAAAGUGAAAAAGAAAAUAAAAAAAAAAUCUAAUCAGAAAAUUAACAUCAAGUACCUAAAGUUAUCAAACAAAAAUCAAAAAUUUAAAACUUUUUAGAAGAAAUACAUGUAAAAAUUCUACCUUUUAACAAUAUUUGUGAAUAAAUAGAAAAAUUUUAUUAAUUUAAAAAUAAAGUAAUAGAAGAAAGUGCAUUUAAUUCAAAUUAACCCUGUAUUUAUUAGCCUAUAUGUAAAAAAAAAUCAGUUAAAGAAAUUAAAGCAAGAACUAGUAUUAGCCCAAUUAGUACUAAAUAAACUGUUUCUAUUAGAAAUAAAUAAAACAAAAGAACUCCAUUAGAUUUCUUUUCCUUUAAUAGUAAAUUUAAAAAAUUAGUAUUGUUUAAAGAAGAUAUUUCAGAAACUUGUGAAAUAGUGAAUGGAAUCAGAAUAUUAUAUCUAAAUAAAUAGUGA